CCCGCGGGCGGUGCCUGCCCGGGGCGGAGCUCUGGAGGGGACGGCACCGCGCUGAGCCCCGGCGGGCGGCAGAGCUGCUCGUCCACCGCGGGAGUCAGGCGGAGCGGCGGCAGGCACUUAACGGCAACAAAAAAUGAACGUUUUCCCAUCAUGUCUCUCCAUGCAGUAGCUCUGGCCAGCUGCAGCGCAACAGGAGCCUUCGGGCACCCCCGUUCCAAGCAGUUAAGCCGUGAAAACCUAAAGGUGGCUUUCACCGAGUCAGUGUAUUCUUCAAAUCCUUCAGUGAGGAUUAGCUGCCUUGCUCCGACACCUCAAAUCUCCGUUCUCUCAGAUGAGUACUCAAGGCCAGCAGUGAUUGGACAUGCUGGAAGUUUUGGAUCAUAUCCUAACAGUGCCGAAGCUAUCAAAGAUAUUCUUGUAUCUGUUUUAAAUGCAUCUGGUUUGAAGCCGUCUUUAGUGGUGGAGCAGACCACAAUGCAGGGAGCUGAGCAUCUGGACAGUGACAUGGAACGGUGGGAAGGAAGCAGUGAUGGCGAUAGCCAUGAUGACAGCGAUGGCGAUUCUGCACAUCACAGUACUGCCUGUACACAAACAGAUGUUCGGUUUACAAGGCAUCGGGCAUGUUGGGACAACAUGUGCUGCGAUUCCUCUAAACCUUCACUGGAUACUUUUUCUCCCCAUUACCCUAAAGGGGAUCCUGCUGCUUCCUCCUCGAAUGGUUGCACUUUUUCGGACAUGUCCCCACUGAAGCGGGACUGCUUUACCCAGGUGACAUUAACAGGAGCCACUGUCACAUCAGCUGUUGUGCAUUCUGGAAAAGAACGUUAUCCCUCCCCUGAGCGAGACUUGACUUUCACAAGGUUUCUUCCUGAUUCAGCUGCUGGUAAGCCAGCAGAUCUUUUGAAAUACCCUGAAGCUUUGGAGCCUUCACCGGUCAGCAUCAAUGACAGCAAUUCUUCCAGCGCACUUUCCCAGUCGGAGCCAGUCAAUCGAACAGGUUCUGCUUCUCCUUUGAACAUAAGUGCUAUACCCUUGAAUCGCUCAUUGCAGGAUAUCCGCAUGCUUCCAGAAGAUGUGGAAAAGGAAAAUGCGCACUUCUUUGUUGCAGAUAUGAUUAUAGCAUCACUAGAAAGAAUGAAAUGUAAUAUCCUAAGCCAACAAGCAGAGUCCUGGAGUGUGGAGGAAACAAGUGGAUCAGAUGGCAGCUAUCACACUGAUUCAGAGUUAUCUGCUUACCCCAGGGAGAAAAAGUCUGAUUCUUCUGUUGCCUCUUCAGACAGUGGUUAUGAAGGCUGUGCUCUGCUGCCUCUCAGCUCCCCAUUGCAUCUGCACUCACAUCAUGAGGUUACCCGAUUUCAUUGCCACAGUGACUCAGAGGAUGAAUAUGUAAUUAUUGAACUUGAAGACCUUGAAAAUCUGUCUGUCACCCCAGAUGAAAGAUCGUCUUUUGAAGCAGACAGCAAUUCUGCUGAAGCGACAGCCCAGGAGUUGUGCAGAGCUUUCAGAAAACACUGGUUGCAAACAAACCCUGCAGUUCAGCUGUCUGGUUGCCUGAGCUCGUCUAAGCAGAGAUCUGUGCUGAAAGAAGAAGUUCCAAGAGAGCUUGAGUCCAGUUUGAAUCUGGCUGAAGAAAUAAAGAUCAUAUCCAAAUUAAGAGGAUCUUCUGGCUGGGCCCCACCUAAAUCACAGAUUAUAUUUAAUAUUCACCCUUCAGUCAAGAGAGAUGUAGUGGUGGCUGCCCAAAACUUUACAUGUGUUGGUUGUGGAACCCCAAUUGAAAGCAAAUAUAUCGGAAGACUUCGCUAUUGUGACUACCUGGGGAAAUACUUCUGCGAGUGCUGCCACAGCUAUGCCCAGUCUUCCAUUCCUGCCCGAAUACUUUUGAAAUGGGACUUCAAAAAGUACUAUGUAUGCAACUUCUCCAAACACCUACUGGACAGCAUAUGGCAGCACCCAGUUUUCAAUGUGUCAUGUAUUAACAAAGCCCUCUACAUGAAAAGUAAAGAUAUGGACAGGGUGAGGGAGGUGCAAGAACAGCUUUUUCAUUUGAAAAAGCUUUUGAGAACCUGCAGGUUUGGUGAAAGUGUACUGAAAGAAUAUGAACAGGUCCCCAGCCAUCUGACGGAGGAGCUGCAUCUCUUCUCACUGGAUGAUCUGGUGAAGAUCAAACGGGGGCAGUUACUGCCUCUUCUUAAAGAUAUUUUGAAGAGCUCCACCUCCCACGUGGACGGCUGUGAGCUCUGUCAAGCGAAGGGGUUUAUCUGUGAAUUCUGUCAGAGUGCAGAUCUGCUCUUUCCACAUCAGACUGCCAAAUGUAAAAGGUGCACAGAGUGCAAAUCAUGCUUCCACAAAGCAUGUUUCAAGUCUGGAGGUUGCCCCAAAUGUCUGCGGAUCGCAUCUCGUAGGACACUUUCAGAAACAUCUGUUACCAGUGCCUCCAUGAAACUGCAUUCCUAUGACUGUUGAUUUCAGAAGAUGCUCAAAGCCAAAUCUUCAGGUGCCUGACUGAGAAUUAAAUAAUGUUGUUUUAGACAUUACUAUUUUUAAUGCGUCUCCUUUAUAAGAGAGUAAAAAAAAAAAAGAAAAAGAAGACUUCAAUAUCAUCGUUGAAAACUCACCCUAAGGGAGUGUCGUCUUAACUGGUUACAGAAGGACUGGAUGUUAAUUCUGAGAGCAGCCUAUGUUUUGUCCUUGUAUGUAAGUUUUUUUAAUACUAUAUUUUUCCAUGUAAAAACUAUCUUCUCUGUAAUUCUGCAAAUAAUCUACAGACAGUAAAUGAGUGUCAGAAAUCCUUACCUGUGUUGGAUUUUGGCAAUAGGAGAAAGUGGUAGUUUGCAAUCGUUCUCUAAAAAGCUGCACCAUAGGAAAAGCUUGUCUGCAAGCUUUGGGCAGUCGCUGAUCUGAAAUUCUGGUCUGGUAAAUGAGUUUCUUUUUCUGGAUGUUAAGUUUCUUUUAAACAGAUGUGUACAACAGAUUGCGGUGUGUUGACCUUCGCCUGUGCUAGAUGCCCACCAGCUGUUCUCACAACUCCUCCUCAACAGGACAAGGGGAGAAAAUGAGAUGAAAGCACUCGUAGUUUGAGAUCAAGACUGGGAGAUCACUUUUCAGCUACUGUCAUGGGCAAAACAGACUCGAAUUGGGGAAAAUUUAUUGCCAAUUAGAAAUUGAGGAUGGUGAUGAGAAACAAAGACUAAACCAACAACCUCCCCCUACUUCACUCACCCUUUUUCUCAACUUUACUUAUUCAUUCACAACUCUUCUACCUUCUCGCCUGCCCCAAGUGUGGCAGGGGGAAUAAGGAAUGGGAAAUGGGGGUUGCAGUUAGUUUGUAACAGUUCCUCUCUGCUGCUCCUUCCUCCUCAUGCUGUUCCUCUGCUUCAGUGUCUCCUUCCUAUGUGCUGCAGUCCUUCAGGAUAAACCUGCUCCUGUAUGGGUUUUCCAGGAGAUGGAUAUUUCCUGAAGGAAAAUAUAUGUGCUCCAGUGUUGUCCUUUCCAUGGGCUGCAGUGGAGUCUCUGCUCUGGUGUCUGGAGCACCUCUCGCCACACUUUCUUCACUAACCUUGUGUUUGUACUAUUGUUCCUCCCCACCAGUGUGGUCUUUUGCACCUUAUUAAAUGGGUUUUCUCAGAGGCUCUACCAUCUUGGCUGAGAUGCUCAGCUAUGUCCUUUAGUGGGUCCAUGGGAGCUGGCUGCAAGCAGUUGUGGCUGUCAUGGGGCAGUCCUGGUCUCUUUACACAGAGCACACCCUGCAACCCUCCACUGUCAAUACCUUACCACCUACAACCUGUAUGUCUCUCUAGAAGUUUCUUUCCAGAGCACUUGGGAAUGUGAGGAGAGGCAGUAAGUGAGCAGAGAAGAUGCUCCCAUUUAAAUUGACCCUCAUGCUUGCAGACGGGGUCCUUGCCUAAAGGUGAAGUGUUGGAAGAUGAAAGCAGCUUUCUUUCCCAGCCUGGUUGGUUACUUCUGAUGAAACUGGCUGAGGAAGUGGCCCCUAAUCCUCAGAAACCCAGAGUGGUUACUUUAACUUGUAAAAUAAUUUUUCUGAUUGUGCCACAUAUGGAAGUACCAAUGAACAGAAAAGCCCCAGAACUUGAAAGAAAGCACAUUCCAAAGUUCUCUGCAAUAGGUUUCUUUUAAUAUUUUGAGUUUGUUGUUCUCAUUCUGUGCUUUGUUCUUCCUCUCCUCACCUGCUAGCUCCAGCUUUUAGCAAGGACAAGGUCAGCUGUCUGCUACAAGGUCACCUCCACGCUAAUGCUCACAGUAAUAGUAAGUUCACUAAGUCUCCCACUUAGCUGUUUUUCUGUGUCUGAAAACAGCUCACCUACUUACUGCUCAGAAGCAAGAUUAUAAUUUCUUAGUCAAGAUCAUCGGAUGGAUACCGAGGCAGGGUUUAACACGUGGUGAGAAAGAGCCUGCUUAUGCAGUUGACUAUAUUUAAUGUUAUGCAAGAGUAAAUGCUCACCUAAGUUGGGUGCAUGGCUAACUGAAUCACAUGGAGGGCUUUGCUGUAGGGAUUUUCUGCUUAUGAAGGAGCUCACUUGAAUAAUCCUUCCACGGGAUAACCUGCAGGGCAACUCAAUACAUCUUUUUCAUUAUUCAUUAAUUCAGAAGAGCUGAUCUGGUUUCUGGCUGUGCUUUUCACAAAUGUUAAAGUCUCACUAAACAGUAGUGGUAUGUAUGGGGGGGGAGUGAAAGAGAGUGAGUUUCAUUCAUCAAGUGUUGAUACUUUACAUCCACUCAGUUCAGUCCAAGUUUCCAUAGAGCCUGUAUCGCUUAUUCUGACUAAUUGCCAUGUACCACAAUGUGCAUUGCAGCAAGGGAACAUACUCUGUGUGUUUGAGUAGCUGAUGGAAAGUGGAAGACCCAGGAGGAUCAGCAUGCCUGGAAUUCAAGUAAACCUAGUUAAAAAGUUCUGCUGCUGCUGAAGCUAAAAUAAGGACCAAGUUGUGAGGUGUCAACUGAUUGGCCACAAAUUGGAAGGACUAACAGGCUGAUAUUUGCUGCUUUUGAGUGGGUGGUGCUCUUGACUACUAGGUCUGGAAGAGGGUCAUACCAAAACCACAUCUUGAGUGCUGGUAUCAGCAUGAAUCACAGGAACAUGCUGAAGGCAUUCAGCCUGAGCCUCUUUUGUGGUGAGAAGCAAGGCAUGGGUGGCUAGAUCUGUAGCUACAAGGUGUUCUUAGUGUUGCUGAGGUGAGAGUUUCUUAUCAGUCAGUAUCCUGGGAUAGCAUGAAGUAACCACAAUAAAACUGAAAGUGUGCGCUGUAUCUUUCUGUAUUUGGUGAGUGGAUUGAUGGAAAGGGGGUGACUUUCAUGCUAUAAACCCUCUAGGUGUCUUUAGGGAGCAGCUGUAUUCUUUGAAUCACAUUUUGAGACUCAUUAAGCUUCUUAGAUCAAUGCUGUGCUCCUCCUGAGCAUAUCUGUAGGGGUAAGUACUGAGUUGGAUCAUUUCUGAGGUUAAACCAGAUAAGUCAGAUCCAAGAUAAGAACUUUUUAAGAAACAAAAGCUAUAUGCCUACAAUGAAUUGGUUUGGAAGAAUUAAAACCCUAAAUGUGGAAGCUCUGAAUUCUUUGAGAAGAGCAGACAUAAUAAGGUUAUACUGUCUUACAAAGGAGUUGGGGCAGUUCAAAAUAAGCUGCCUGCUAGCUAGAAAGCUGAACAUGUUGCACAGAGAGCAGUGGCAAGUGACCUCUUAAGCUAGGGGGGGAAAAAAAAAAAGGAAUUGUCACACCUUUCUGUUUCAGCAAUGAGGACCAAUGCUCAUUCCUAAUGGUGUGUUUCCAUGAUGCCAUGUGGAUGCAACAGGAGCACUUCUGAGGACCAUCUGAUGGAGCACUCUCGGGGACAUAAUGGGCAGAAAACCCCAUUCUAGUUAACUGCCUGCUUCACUCCACAGGCAGAAUUCAGGUCAAGAGAGUUUUAUUAGUAGUGGAGCAGCUUUUGAAAGGAACACAAUACUAACUUCUCACUGUUGCUCCUACCAGUUUUACGUGGUUUUCCACUACUUUAUUUCUUUAUACCGAUUUGUUGUAUUUUUCCUCUUGGUUUCAGUUCUGAGUUUUUGGGAGGUUGAAGUGCUUUGCUAAGACUUUGUACAGUGUGUUGCAGCCAGGUUCUUUCAUGAUACAUAAUACAAUUGUUACUGUAAAUAAUAGAAUAAUACUAAUUGCCAGGUGUAGUAUGGACCCACAAAUACAGGUCUUGUUGCAACUGUCAGUAAGUAUGUCAAGUAAUUAGUAGCGUUAUGGGCCCAUAUAAUUCCAGGGAUGUCUUCACACCUACUCACUUCAAGAGAAGAAAAUAUCUAUGUGUUUUAUGAGAAAUGCUAUUUUGUCUGGUUUUGCACGUAGAGUACUCUAUCAGCAGAAGUCUUUCACCUCUUCUUGUGCCUAUCAAUGUUUUUAAUUUUUUCAAAGGAAAUUCAUCUGUUUCCCCACAUUUUCUCUGUGACUGAUGCUUGGUAGAGUUUUCCUUUAAGCUAUCAAUCUGAAUACUCUGGAAAACAAUCUUCUGUUUAACGUGUUAUUUAUACUUAUGUGGUUCAGCAUUGAUAUAAUUGUUGAUAUCGUUUGGUCAAGUGUACUUGCCCUCCCUCAUGAUUCUGAACAAAGCUCUGUGGCCCUUUCAUUUUGUACAUGUAAGCACCACGUUUGAUCUCUCAUUGUGUGUCUGUCUGACCACAGACUGAAAAGUUUUCCGAACACUGCAAAAAUAGAAGGUCAUUAAGGGAAAUUUAAACAGUAAAGGAGGGAUCGGAAGAGAUAGGGAAUAGAUGUACAAGAGAGGCUUGAGUAGUGUACGCUUCAGUGGAGUGUGGAGAGAGCUGAGCAAGACUGGAAGCAGUAAAAGAAGCUUUACAGUGAAUGAAUCAUCUAUUCUGUCUACAAAGGGUGAAGAUAUUUUACAUUUGACUAGAUUAAAAAUAAAAAUGCAGGUUGAAUCUGUUAUCAGUAAAUUAAACUUGCCCAGAACUGAUCCCUGGUACUGAGGGCAGAUGGUACAAGAUGGGCCAAAUUCAAGUACUCCAUACUUUCGUGGGCUCUCCAAAUCCAACAUAAUUGUUUUGAAUAUCCAUGAUAAUGCCUAUUUGCCAUCAUUGGCUAAAACUAUGCUACAUUUAAUUGUAACAGUUUGCUAGUGCAGAUGUCCAUGAUUUAAUUAGGAAAAAAAGUAUAUGGCAGUCAUUGUUUGGUGUAAACACUUGUGUGCUUAGGAGAGUCAACAGCUUGUAGCUGUCAGUUCUUCACCUUCCACAAAAUGAUGGCAUCUCCCUAAGUUUUUUUUUCCCCAGCAAAUUGCUGAAGGUUUGUUUAUUUUGAGGCUUUUGAAGGAGUAUGUCUAGAGGCAGAAGAAAAAGGAAGUAUUUUUUCUUUUUCCCUGUUAUGCAGAUUUCCCCUCAGUGUAUCAUUUAAGGUUCAUUUAUUUGCAGCCAAACCAAAUGCAUUACCAGCCUAAUAACUGCUCCAAGGGUGGGGCUGGACAGCAGGGGGAUUUGGGGACCAAAUCAGUUGCCCUGAGUGUGGUGGAUGUACUAGGGGAGAGUCCAGAGCACCUUCUGCCUAAAAACCAGCUGGUUUAUAUGAAGAAUUUAGGCAGUUGAGGAAUUGCCUAACUGGUUCUAUUAAGCAGGAGCCAGAUUCUCUGUGAUCCUUAUGGGCUUAAGAGUGAGUACCUGUGAAAAGACCAUGGAGCGCCUGUGUAGUUGCGGGCGUAGAUGGUAUGAGCAGAUCACCACAUAAGCAGAGAAAUCUGACAUGGGAAGGCAGCAAGAGCCAGACACCAAAGUAAUUGAGUGUCCAUUUAUAGGGACUAUAUCCAUGGCAUGGAUUUUCAUGUGACGAUGCCUGUUCCAUGGACCUGGGGUGGGCACCUGCCUCCUAGUGAAAUGCAAAGGAAGACAGACACCAAUGGCCUGGCACAUAAAAUGUGCUGAAAUCAUCAGUAAGGAGAAACUGACUUAGAAAUUGCAGUCUUGUAGGGGCCUUAAUUCAAUGGUAAAAAAUUUUCCAUAGAAAAAUUUCCAUUCUUCUUCUCCUCAGGCCCAGAAUUGCCCUUGUUUUGAUUCUAUUUUUCUGCCUGGGAUUUGGAAAUGGGGAGUUCUGCCUGAAUGAUAGAUGCUUGCUGUGAGAGAGAGCUCAGGAAAUGGAAUAAAAUUCUUGUGGAUCAUCUUUCAAUGUCAGCUUUUAGCUGGAAAUGUAAUUAAUUCAUGUGCCUAUCCUGUGCCCCAGCGCUGUGUUGCUGAUGUUGCAAACAGUGCAGGAUCUGGGCACACCCAGAGCUGUUUGGACAAUGGACAUUCGUAGGAACUGGGCUGGACUGAAUUUUUUGACAGCUGCUUCCGCAGUCCCUGUCUAACUUAUCUGAAAUGAUUGGAUUCACCUUACUUCUCCAAGCAGCAGCAGCUCCUCUUGGAUUCCUUUCUCUGCUAUUUCAGUCAAGGCCUUUCCAGCUGUCUGUAAAAACAAAAUGAAACUGAGAGGUUAACGCCCAAUUUUACCAGCCCUUCUUCUCCUAGGCCUGUUUUAUUUGCUUUUUAAACCAUUGUUCCCUCUUUACAACCCAGAUGAAUUUCUUUGAGAUGUGCUUCUUAGGAUAAAACAAAUAUAAUAAAAUACUUUUGCAAUUCCAUAACCUAAGGAUUAAUACUGAGGAAGAUAAUAGUGCAAAAGGGGGAAGCAAAUUCAUCGAAGUGCUAUCAGUCUGAAGAAAAGAAAAAGUGCUGUAGAGUAGCACAGAGAAGUGCCUGCAGACCUGACUGCUGCUUUAGGAGUAAACACAAAGAAGUGUUCCCUGGAAGUAAUCACAGUGCCUUGCAUAAAGCAGAAGGAAUGUGCUGUUGCGGUCACUUCAGAUGAAAUUGGUGACUGCGGAAAUGCUGCUGUUGUGCAUCAAGGAGCAUGGUACAGGAAAGGAGGAUUUAUUUACCUCACCUGGAACUGGGAGCCAUUUGACUGUGCUCUGAUCUUGGGCCAACAGUUACUGUAAAUCAAAUUUCUCCUCCCUGGUUUCUCAAAAGGUGGAACUAAAUCAAAGCCGGAAUGUUUUUAAUGGAAUAGGGUAUGGUUUUAGGGCUCCUACACAUUUAAUUGAUGAGGCAAAUUAAUGUGAAUAGUAAUUUAUGUGCUGUAGCACAACACUGAGGAUAUGUCAAUGCUUCUGUAACAGAAUUUCCUAAGCUACCUUAGAACCUAGGAACAUCUGGCUGUAAUAGCAGUGUACUCUCACAGGAAAAUGCCUUGGCACAGCAUUUUCCUGUGCCAGCACAGCUCUAAUGUGACCAGCAUGUUGUGCAAUGUCAUGCUACGAAAGAGUUUGUGGGUCUAUCCCUGAAGCAAAGCCCCAGGGCUACUUAGAAGUAUAGCAGAAGAUUAAGACAUCACUGGAGUAGGAAAAUAAGAUGAGAUAGUAUGAUAAGCAAUUGGAGAAAAGUGUUUGCAUAAUUUUGUAGAUAGCAAAAUGCAGUCAAGCUGAGGCUGAAACAGCCCUGAGGAAGCUGGUGGUACAGAUGGAAAUUCACCGGAGAUCUAGACCAGUAUCCUGAGCAGAGGAGCAUCUUCUCUAAAUUUGAGACAACAGUGAUGGAGACUUUCUCAGGAAGGAUGUCAUGUACAGCAAAGGGUGAAGAUGCCCUGUCUGUUUCCCGCUAUGAAGAAAAGUCUGAUUAUCUUAACUUGUAUCAGUUUAUUAGACAACAUAUUAACACCCAACAAACUUCCCUUUCAGAAUCUGCUUAAUGGGAAGGAUAUAGUUGCCCCAGAUUCCCCUCUAAACGCCUUCAAAGAUGCCUAUCUCUCUCCUUGUUGAAGAGCAGUGUGCUCACCUUAGCAGGGUCCCAGUGGUCAGGCACAAGGCCUGUACCAGAGUUAGACAGGCUGCCCUCCACCCCCAAUUCCCAAGAUUUCUGUACUUGACAGCCUGAUAGGAAAGCAGAAAUAACUACCAGCAUAUCCUACAGACUUCCUAUUUCAAAACUGCUUUCUGACUAGUUAGCACAUACAGUUCCUCUUUUACACAGCAACUGUGCACAACUGCUACUCCAGCAGGUGCUGGCUGAUGGCUAUAAGGCUUCCGCAAGUCAACCUUCCAGUUGCUUCUGCCAGGAGAUGGAGAAAUCCAUGAACAGCCCAUCUACUGGUUCUGGAUCUUGCCUCUGGUGCUGGGUCCAGGGCUUGUCUCCAUGACGGGUCUUGUGCUUUCACUGUGCUAAGUGUUAACCAAAGGAAUAUGAUUACCUUACUCCUAUGUUUUCCCAGCAAUUUCCCUCACAUUGUCAUCUUCCCAGAUCUCCUUUCCACAGGGAAACUUUUCAACACAUCCUACCCCGACCCUUUCUUCUCAGAGUUCCUGCAGACACAUUCACUCCUACCUUCCUAAGGGUUUCUAGCUUUCACAGACACACCUUUUCCCUCUAGCAUCUCCUUCUCUCUUGCUCUAGCAUUUGCUACCUGUUGUUGUCUGGAGCCUUCAGC